UAAUUAUUGCAAAUGACUUUGAAACCGAAAUACGUCUACAUAUAAAACGAAAUUCUCCAGAUAACCAAUUCGUUUUUACAAGCUCCAUGGUAAACACAAUGACCUCAAAUUUAACAAAUUGGCGACAAUCAGCCACAGUAAUAAUUGCGGCAAAAACGUUUGUGACUUCCACCUCGAGAUGCGACUACAAAAUAUUAAUGGUAAAACGGAGCAGAAAAUCGUCGGUCCUACCAAAUGCGACAGUCUUUCCAGGCGGUGCGGUUGACAAAUCGGACACUUCUAAAAAUUGGCUAAAAUUGUACGAGAAAUUUGGUUUCAAAUCAGAAUGGCUGGAUUCGUUAAAUUCUAAUAUUGACAUUUCCUUACUUUUCAAAAGUGACGACGAGAAUGAAAUACCUAAAAGUAUCUCUUUACGAAUUGCUGCAAUUCGAGAAACGUUCGAAGAGACUGGUAUAUUAAUGUGCAAAAACAUAAAGAAUAUUUCCGAGGAAACGUCGUCUUGGGCUGACUACAUAACAUCAGAAGAGAUACAAAAGUGGCAAACCAAAGUUAACAAAAACCCGAAUGAGUUUAUGAAGCUAUGCUUGCAUUUCGAAAUAUUUCCAGAUCUUUGGUCUCUGUAUGACUGGAAUAAUUGGGCUACCCCUAGUGUGGUGCGAGCGAAAUUUAAUGUGAUGUUCUUUAUAGCAAUCUUUCAAAGCAAACCACCGGCAUUUGCUGAUAAUGGUGAAAUAUCAGACGUGCAAUGGAACUCUCCCUCACAAUAUUUGGAUAUAUGGAAGGCGGAAAAGCUCUCAGUGACUUUACCACAAUUUUACGAAAUUUCGCGAUUAAAUACCUUUACAAAUAUUAACGAUAUCCAAAAGUUUUGCAAGGAAUGCAGUAAGAGAGGUUUGGAAAGGUAUAUGCCAUGCAUUAUAAGAACUAACACCUCUGGCACAUUCUUUCUACUACCAGGUGACGAUCUGUACUCAAAGUACCUAGAUCUGUCUAAAGAGGAUGUUGACUAUUUAGAAGAAAUGCCUGAUAGUGAUGUGCAGCACAGAGUUCAAACGUUACCUACUGGUGAAAGUAGAGUAAUAAUAAAAAACUUUUCACCUCCAUAUCAUGUUGCUCCAAUAAGUAGCAAAUUGUAAAUACAUAUUGAACAAUAACAAUAUAUAAUUAAUAGUAUUUAUAUUUUUUAGAAUGUCAAUAAACACACAGCCACUUAA